GCGAUAUAGGAAGCUGGGAACAUCUCGGCAUUAGCACAGUGUUUUCACCGGCAGUGUUGGCCUGAGACCACAUCAGCCAUGAAGGAAUCUGUAGUUUUGUCUCUUGGUUUUCUAACUUUGGUGGCAGGUGCGUGCAACGAGUACGCGAAGAACUACUACGAGACCAUAGGCUGCACACCGGAGAGUCAUGACGAGACGCGAUGUCCCAUCAGCUAUGAUUGCAGUGUAUUGAGCCAAAGAAGUCCAGAUAAGUGCUAUUUCCAGGGGAGAGCUUACGAUGAAGGCGACACACUACAGGACAGUCCACCAUGCUUGGUACACUGUAAGUGUGAGAAGUCUCCACAAACAGGUGGCAGACUGCAAUUUUCCUGUAUUCGAGUCGAGUGUCCAGAGUUUUUCAGACGCCCUCCACCACCCGGCUGUUACAAUUUGUAUGAACACGAUAAAUGCUGCAGUGUUGGGCGUGUUUGCGGGCAACAGAAGGAGGUCGCUCAGCGUUGUGAGUACAAAGGUCAAACAUACAAUAUAGGAGAGAAAUUCUAUCCUGACGAGGAGCCUUGCCGAAAAUGCAUUUGCCAGCCAGGCUUCAACGGAUCUUUUACAGAACCGACGUGCCGUAAAUUCAGUUGCAAUUACGAGCUAACCUACGUCAGACCAAUUACGGAUGGUUGCGUACCCGUGUUCUAUGGCGAGAAGAGAUGUUGCCCUAUUGAAUGGAGGUGUCCUAAAGAUUCUGACUCCGUAAUUACACAAGUAUCCAAGACCGGUCCAGAUUCAGGUAAAACUUGUCAGUUCGGCGAGUUGACAUUACGUGUCGGAGACAAGCUGAACAGCCAAGGAGGAGUCGAGAUUGAGUGCACUUGCACAAUUCCGCCCCAUCCGUUGUGUGUGCGAAAACAAUAUUGAGCUGGAGCACCUGAAUGUGAUUGAAUUAUUUAAAAUGUAAUCUUAAAAAUAUAUGAUUUGAAUUAGUUGUCACCUUCA